AGAAUGUGAGAAGGGGGAGGCACAGGAAAGAAAGGGGCAGCGACAGGGGAGGAUCAAGCAGGAACAGCAUUUCACUGGCACCUAUACUCACUGCUGGUUCAUAUCCCCACCUUCCCUCAUACAGCCUUAUAUGGAGUGGGCGGUGGGAUUCCCAGAGAAAAUCGCUUUUUAAAUUAAUGAAGAAGAGGGAGGGUGGCAGGAGCUGGGACUGAUCUUAUUAAGUCUAGAGUCCGACCCUGGCACAGCCUAUUGCUGUUACUGCUGCUUCUGGGUGGCACUACUCCUUCUCUUUCAUUGGCCUCCCGUCACAUCCGACAGUUGCACCUCCGAUUUGUACAGACGCAGGUCGUACAGGCACUUGGCUGACUGUUUCAGGCGACAGUUGGAUAUAAACACACUGUUGGAUUGUACACGUUUUUAUUCAGCGCAGAUUGGCUGUGAGGUAGAGAAAGCACUGCAGCCUCAGCAGCUCACUUACACCGUCGGUUCUGACCUCUAGGAGCCAGGAUUUAGCCCCUCACUUCUCAGCCUGACUGAUUAUUCAUCAUGGGAAAUCAGACAAUGACUCAAGGCACUUUCUGUCUCUCCCUUGCCAUAGUCUUCAUGUUUGGGAUCUGCUGUGCAGAUGCGUCGCAGAAGACAUGCCAGGGGAACGCUGGGAAUAGAGAUGUAUAUGCUCCAUUUGGAAGCUGGCUUCCGUUAAACUGCACUCACAACUGCUCUCUAGCUGGAUGGGAAUCACGUUUAACAAAGAGGAAUGUAUCUAAAGGACCUGGCUGGAUUUCUGUCCAAGUUGAAGUUGGAACUGGAGAAGUAGUUAAUGACUGGAGAGCAUCAAACAUAAGCUGCACUGUUCUAUCAAACGGAAACUCUGUUGAUAACGUCGUCAAAGUAAUUCCUUAUGAGAUUCCCGGUUUGGUGACAGCAGACAUGGAGGACAAUCUGGAAGAAGGGAAAUCAUACAAUGUCACUUGUACUGUACAUGGAGUUGCACCUAUUCAGAACCUCAUGGUCACAGUUUUGAGAGGGGAAGAAGUGAUUCACCAGGAAACAUUUGAGGAUGACUCUCGAGUUGGCAACAUUACACAAGUAGUCACAUAUCCAAUCACAGCUCAGAGAAGUGACAACAUGAAGAAUUACUCCUGCCAGGCCACCCUUGCACUGGGAACAGUCAUUGGGAAAGUUACAGUACAGUCAUCCAGUGUCACUGUUGGGACAUUCACUCUGCCAGAGAAUCCAAAGCUUGAGUCUGAUCAGUGGAUUGAGGUUGGCACCAAGUAUAUUGCCAAGUGUAACGUCAUCAAUGCCUUUCCCCUUGAGCUAUUGAACCUGACCAUGUUCUUCAACGAAACAAGCCUCAACGUGACUACGAAUAUGAUGAAUGGCAGCAUGUUAGGAUUUGCCGAAAUUCCUAGAGACGCCGCUUCUUCAUUAGAUAUUUACCGGCUUCAUUGCAAAGCUCAAGUUCUCAGUCUGUCCACCGAAGCUUUCAUGGAUAUUCACAUUUAUGAGUCCCCAAAUAUCGAGUUCAGCGUCUCUCCUGAUUUAGUCCAUUUGAAUGAAACCGUAAUAGUCAGCUGCAGGUUAAAUAAUACUCACCCAGAUCGAUACGAAGUAAUAAUCAGAAGGAACGGGGAGCAGAUCUGUGAAGGCCAAACCACGUGCAAUGUCUCUGUGAAUGGAAGAUCCCCCCAGUCCGUUGUCUCCUGUGAAGCUUUUCUUAAAGAGAACAAAACCAUAAAUAAGAAGAGAAAGGAAAACAUCACUGUGCACUAUGCCCCGCUGUUCCAGAAUAAUCAGUGCCCAGAUCAGUUUGUCCUGAAAGAAGGAGACAAUGGUCCCUUUAAAUGCCAGGCUGAUGGGAACCCACCACCCAGCGUCACAUGCAGCAGUGAUAGAGGAAACCUUCCAACUGAUAAACUAUUUAAAAUAGACAGAACACACUCUGGACAUUAUAAGUGCCUGGCUACUAACCAGUAUGGAAAUGUAAGCAAGUCUGUACAGGUGGAAGUGCAAUAUCCUCCUGCUACUCCUAACAUUACUGUCAUACCAACAGCUAGUAUCUCUAAGGGUGGGGCCCUAAAUAUCACAUGUUGGGCUGAUGGUAUCCCUCAACCUCAGUAUAUUUGGGUGAUUCCUGCUGGUGCCACUGUAGAUUACUUGAAUAAUAAGAGUGUGAUCAUUAUCCCAGAAGCCUCGUCUUCCCAUGACGGCACCUACACAUGUCUGGCCAAAAAUCAACAUGGAGAAAAGUCAGUAGAUCUGGUGAUUAAUGUAACAAAUAAUGCUCUGCUAGUAAUCAUCCUAUGUACCAUAGGCGGCGUGUUGCUUCUUGCAAUAAUAAUAAGCUUAUGGUGUAGAAAAUGGAAAAAUGGCAAAAAGGGCUUUUACAGCUUAUGGAGGCCAAAACAAGAGAAGCUACAAGAAGAGGAGAUGGACCCAAUAAAGGCACCUUGUAACUCCACUGAAGGUUAUGGGAAAGAUACUGGGACUGUAUAACUCUCAUUGAUAGUGGGGCGGCUAUUCCAAGACUGGAGACCAGUACAAGUUGCCUGUGGUUAUAUAAAUGGAUACAGUGGUGCUACCUGCUGAACUGAAGUUCAUUUGAAGCCAAAUAUCCCCAUUAAUAGGACUUCCAUUUUUAAAAGGGCUAGAGUGGCCGUAUCAAUCUUAAAGGGACUUAAUCACCUGUACUGAGAGGAGCCAUAAUCUGUCUGCGCAAUCCCUGGCAAUCCACAGGAAAUAGGAGAAAGUCAAGUGCACUGAAAAAUCUCUUCCUCCUCCAUAUCAGUAUCAUUGUGUCUCCGGGUAUUAUGGUUUUCAUUUCGUCAGUGAAUGUCACCGUCUAUAUAUAUAUUAUUUCCACCCCAUAAUGUUACGUUAUGUUUCAUGGCUGUGUUUGUCUUCAUAGGAGGAUCUUUUCAUUGUUCAAACUGCACUGACAGUUUAAAGGACACAUUGUAUUUAGCGUGAUUUUCAUUUAUAUCAGUCAAGUGGUCAAACCUGGAUAGUCCUUAGUAAGAGUUUUCAGUUUUGUUCCAUCUCAAUUUAUAUUAGCCAAGUGUGAUGUUACCAUUAGAGUAAACACUGUCUCCUCCAUACAUAUUGCAUACCUCCCAACUGUCCCUUUUUCAGAGGGACAGUCCCUCUUUUGACAGCUCAACCUGAGGUCCCUCAUUUGUACUGGAAAGUCCCUCUUU